GUCGUACGACGCGGUCGUAUCCAGUACAUAUACGCCUACCCGACUGGCUCGAUCCAUCAUGCCUCAACGACUCUGGUUUCUUACUCAGGUCUUGUGCGCACUGGAACCUUUGCGACUGUGUGCAAAGAUCAAUCCGGACGUGUCUGGCUAGAUAAUGAAGCUAUCGAAUCCCUCGAGACUCGAGAGUUGCCGAGACAAAACCGCUUGCCUGCACACCGGUGGGUCUCAGGUGUCUCUCUCCUCCUCGCUGGGGAUUGCUGUCGAACUAAACAAGCAGGAAAAGAACAUCUUAUCACACUCGUUAGAUGCAGGCUCGGUGGGUCGCUGUGUGAGUCGAAAGCUCAUGUCGGGAUCUUCGGGCGACAUAGAGCGGCAAUCUAAUCUUUGAGUGGCCAGUCCGCUGCCCCUCUGCCGCCGUUCCUUGGGUUCAACAACUCUUAUUUGUCCAUAGCGGCGGCGACAUAUACCAGGUCUCUCUGUUCUGCGGUACAUCUAGCAAACUGCCAUGGAUCUCGUUCUCGACAUCCUCGACGAGUACGCUUUCGACAAAGUUUAUGCUCAACUAGUGCCAGCGUCGGCGUUUGCUUCAUCCUUGAACUCUACUAUCCUCGCGUCAACAUCUGCUGGUCUAAACAGCACUCUGAACUUGCCAUUCAUCACAUCAGGAUCUGCCUCCUCGGCAUGGUCACACCUAGUAUCGUACCUCCCUCACCCUCCUCUCCCUGAGGACCUUCUACUCUCACCAACGCACACGUCGAUACCCCUCACUUCCGCAUGGCCUCGAGACUAUAUACCGCGUCAAAUAAUAUCCCUCAGUGUCGUUACCAUGGUCGGCAUUUAUUUGCUUUACUUCGUCUUCGCCACCCUAUCGUACUUCUACAUCUUCAAUCAUGAAAUGAUGAAGCACCCGCGAUUUCUCAAGAAUCAGGUCAGGCAGGAGAUUAUGUGUAGUGUGAAGGCUUUCCCUGGGAUGAUGGCGUUGACUAUGCCAUGGUUUAUGGGGGAAGUGCGGGGGUAUUCGAAGAUGUACGCCAGCAUCGACGAAUACGGCUGGCCUUACUUCUUUCUCUCUAUCUUCCUGUAUCUGGUAUUUACGGAUUAUGGUAUCUACUGGAUCCACCGUUGGGAGCACCAUCCCAUCUGCUACAGGUGGCUGCACAAGCCGCACCACAAGUGGAUCAUUCCUACUCCCUUUGCAUCUCACGCGUUCCACCCUCUGGACGGUUACGCCCAGUCCCUCCCAUAUCAUGUCUUCAUAUUCAUCUUCCCCUUCCAUCGUGUGCUCUAUCUCUUCCUUUUCGUCAUCAUUAACUUCUGGACAAUACUUAUUCACGACUCUGAUAUGAUUACUGACCACCCCCUUGAGACGAUUGUCAACGGACCUGCUCACCAUACCCUUCAUCACAUGUUCUUCACGGUGAACUACGGCCAGUACUUCACCUGGGCAGACCGUAUGGGCGGAUCAUACCGACAACCUGCCAAGGAGCUUGAUCCUAUGCUUGAUAUCCAGGCUCUUGAAGCCAAGAGAAAGCAAGAUCUAGGAAAAGACCAAUAGAUGGUCAUAAUACCACCCUUGCCACGAAGUGUACUAUCACUACAGCAACCUCAUGAGCAAGUAGAGCUAGGGGCCCGGUAGAAGUUGUCGCGUUUGUCGAAGUGUUGUCGUAUCUCUUCUGUUAUUCUAAAUCUGUUGUGUUUGCCUUUAUAUUUUUCACGGCACCAACUGCGUAGUGUGUAUCUAUUGACUAUUGCUAGUGUACGAUCUUCAUCACAACGCCUAUAAUAUUCCUCACAGUUAUACACCUGGAUUCUUUUUCGCGACUCGAAAGA